AGGAAAAUCAGAGUAAAUAAUGAAUCAAAGUCAGUGAAUCGAGGAAAAAUAAAGUGGAGAAUUACAUGGAGCGAAUUUUUAAAUAGGUUUAACUGCGUAAACUAGUUUUAGUUUUGUGUUGUUUGCGAAACAAACAGCUAGUUUUUGUUGAUUAAAUAUUUAGAUUUUUUUAUAAUGGAUAAAAUAUUUGUUGCUACGUGUGUUUUAAGUGCUGUUUGGUUUAAUGUAAGUGGGAGUAUAGUCAUAAAACGGUCGGCAUGCAAAGAAGACGAGACGUUCGUGGAAUGUGCGCACUGCGGCCCCGGGAGCUGCGAAGAGCUCGGCCGGCCCAAACCGUGCACGGGCAGUACCGGCUUAUGCCGGCCGGAAUGCGUGUGCAUGGACGGCCAUGUGAGAGACGCGAACGGCGACUGCAUAAUGAAGAGCCAGUGCCCUGAUUGCGGAGGGGACAGAAACGCGACAUCUGGCUGUGGCGACCACUGCGGCAGGUCCUGUUCCGACUACACUGACCUCAACAAAACUUGCUUCAGCAGCUGCCAGUACAACCGAUGUGACUGCAAAGAAGGCUUUGUGUUUCAUGACUCUUUGGGAGUAUGCGUGUUGCCGGAAGAUUGUUAGAUAUUUACAAGUAACGAUGACCUUUUUUACGGAAUAAACGUUUGUUUGCUAGGUUAAUGGCAAAUAAAUUUUUAUCUCUAAAAUUGGUGUGAGCACCAGCAGCUAAACUAAAUUACCGUUAAAAAAAUUGUUAAGAAAAAUCGAAAUGUUUUGUCUAAAACAACUGUCAUAAUAUUUGAAAAAUUAAAAGAUUCUAACUUAAAGUGUUUGAAUACUA